AUGUCUUAAACAAGAACUAGUUAAAGCUCAAAACAUCAAAGAAAAAGUGAGAAUCGUUUUUAAUAAUAAAUUCAAAGUCUUUUAAAAAAUGUAAGUAAUCCACCUUCAAAUAUCUCUAAAUAAUGGAUUAAAGAUAGAGAGGGAGAAUAAAAAAGUUUAUUUGAAGAAAUUAAACAAAGUGAAUAUCCUAGUAAAAAUUAAACUCUUUCACAAUUAACUGAUAUAGGAAAGAAAUUAUUAAAAAUGAAAAAAAAAAUAAGAACUUUUACUGCAGAUGAUCGUCUAAAAACACCAGUGUCUGAGAAUAAAAGUAGAAAAUCAACUAAGUCAAGGAAAAGUUAAAGUAAAAAAGGAUAAAGUUCACAUAGUUAAUCAAGAACAUAAUUAAAAAGUCUUGAAUAAAGCAGAAGUAAAUCUUCAAAAAAAAAAGAUAAAAAGUAAUUAAAAUCUUCAAAGACAUAAAAUACUCCUAAAUUCAAAAAGAAAACCAAUGAAAAUAAACCAAAAAGUUUCUCUAAAGAAAUGUAACAAUAAAAAGAUAGUUCAAGACCUAAUGUAAGAAUCAUAGAAUCAAGAAUUGCAAAGAAUACUAUAGAUAGAAGUUCAAGGUAUAUUAAUUAAAUUAAUUAAAGUCCAUCACGUUCUAUUGGAUCUUCUAAAAAAUAAUUAAAAAAUAGAAGAACUGAAUCUCUUUGUGAAGAAUCAAGUUCUUUAUCAGAUUCCAGUGAUACGAAAGAAAUUAUGAAAUUAAAAAUGAAUUCAAAUAAUCCAUAAUCUAGAUAUGAAGACUUAAUGGAUCAUGAAAAAAAAGUUAAAGAACUUGAUGCUGGAUAAUUAAGUAGAGAAGAAAAUCUUAUGUUAACAACUAAAUUAGAAUCUGUUACUAAAGAAAAGUUAUUGAGGGAAUAUCGUAUUUUAUAUUAUAGGAGUAAAGAAGUCAAAAAAUUACUUACUGAAUAUUAUGAACAAAAUCUGCGUUUAACUGAUGAAAUCAAUGAAUUACAAUAAAUUAUUUAUGAUAAAUAACUUGAAAAUAAGUAAGUCAAAAAAGAAUUAAAAUCUUAAAUUAAAGAAAUGAAAAUUAUGCAAUCAGAAUAUAGUACUAAAUUAGAUCAAUUAGGAAAAUCUUAUCAAUAACAUGAAAUUAAUAGUGUUCCAUUAAAUGAUUAUGAAAGAUUAAAAUAAGAAAAUGACAAAAUUUUAAAUGAAAAUUAAAUGUUAAAAGAAGAUUAUAAAGUUAUCAGUCUUAAAAUGUAAUAAAUAGAAAAUGAAAUCUAUUAAAAGAGAUAAUAUGAAAUUCCAGAAUAAGAAAUUACCCAAAGAUUACAAAGAGAAUUAGACUCUGCUAAAGAUUAAGCUGAUAGAAUAAAAGAGGAAAAUAUGAAAUUGAAAUUACAAUUAGAUAAAGAAUAAAAUUCUAAUCGAGAAUUAUCAUAAUAAAUCAAUUUAAAAAAAAAUGAACUUGAUGGAAAUGUUGAAUAAAAAUAAUAUGAACUAUCAUCAUUAAAAUCUCAUUUAUAAACUGCUAAUACAAAAAUUUUAAAACUUGAAUAAUAAUUAACCUAGAUUAAAUAUCAACUCAUUUCAGAGUAGGAAUAAUCCUUCUCUAUUCGUGAAAAAAUAAUAAGAUAAGAAGAAGAAUUAAGAAUAGCUAAUCUGAAAGUUGAAAAUAGAGAAAAAGAAAUAAAUGAAUAAAGAUCAAAAGAAUUAAUAUUAAAAAAAAAAAUAUUAGAUUUAGAAUCUAAAAUUGAAAAUCAAAUAUAAUAGCCUCAAUCUUAUUUUGAACCUGUUAUUUCAAUUAAUAAACCAAAUACUUCUGAUUAAUGUAAAUUUCAUUAUUAAACAAUUAGUUAUUAAUAAAGAAUUAUAAGUUGAACGUCAACUAUUAGCCAAAACUUAAGAAUAGCUAUUAAAUAUUUAAGGAGAAAAUGAUCAAUUAAAAAGAAAUCUUAAAUAAAUAGAAUUGGAAUUAUAAUUUGAAAGGCAAUAGAAUGAAUAACUUAAAUUAAAAUCCUAAUAGUUAUAGUAAGAAAAAGAAUUCACACUUCAAAGAACAUAAAAAUAAUUUGAAGAACUAGAAAACAAUCAUUCCAAAGAAUUCUAAUUAACUGAAUAACAAAAUAAAAACUAAGAAAAUUUAUUAUAUUAGGCUUAAUAAAGAAUUUCUGAAUUAGAAAAUGAACUUAGAAUAUUAAUUAAUAAAGAAGAAGAAAAUAAAAGUUUAAUCAAUGAUUAGAAAUUAUAAAUUGAAAAGUAGUAAUUAAAGCUCGAUUAAAAUUUAACAAAAUUGAAUGAAUUUUAGAAUUAGCUUAAAGAAUUAGAAUUAGAAAAUUAAUAACUAAAUGAAAAUAAUAGAUAAUUGAAAACAUAAACUUAAUAAUUGAUCAAAGAAUUAGAAUAGAUUGAUAGGAUAAAAGAUAAUUAUAAAAAUAAAUAUCUAAAUAAUAGAUAUGAAAACAAAAAAUUAUUAAAUUAAUAUAAUGAAGUAAUUGAAAUCUAAUAUUUAGAAAGAAAAUAUUAUGAAAUAGACUUUCACAACUGAAUUGGAGAAAGUGAAAUGCUAAAAAGAGUAAUUAGAAAAAGUAAAGAUUCAAGAGGAAUGUUAAAGAUAAUAAAAAGAUAAAAAGUUGAAAGUCAUCAAUGAUCUAUAAUAAAUGAUAAAAGGACAUAAAAUGGCAUUUGACAAAUGA